AUGGAGUAUUUGAUAAGAAGUGAAAUAUUGAAGAAGGAGGAGAAUAAUACAGUAAGAAGUUUUUUAAAGAAUUUGAUGGAAAUGUUAGAAGCGGCAUUUCAGGAAUCAAUGAUGAAUAUUGAUGGUUUAGUAAGACAGCAGAUGAAGAAUUUGGAAAGAUAUGGAAGAUUCAUUGUUGAUAAAAAGCCGCUUGGAGAAGUAAGUAUUCAUGAUGCAAGAAAGAUUGUGCAUAUAAGACAUCCAAAUUAUAAAUUAGAUAAUAGUAUUAUAGAUAAAGCAACCAAAUUGAGAGGUAUUUUAAAAAGUAAUGAAGAGGAUUUGCUUGAAAUUGUAAAAUCCCACAAUCAAAAUUAUGGAAUUUAUACAGAUUACAAUACGAAUAAUUUCUCCAAUAAUCAAACAUUAGUGAAUAAAGAUGAGACUAAUUUGGCGUUGGAUUUAUCAUUUGAGGAAAAACAGAAAUACGAAGAAGAGUAUUUGCUUUCAAAUGAAAUCCAAGAUUACUAUAAUUACGGAAACAACGAAUAUAACUUACUCUUCUAUGAAUUUAAGAAGGAAUAUGAUGCUGAGAUAUUAGAAGACUUUCAGACCCAAAUUGUGGACUUAGAAGCUGAUAUUAGUUCUGAUCCCCACUUAAUUUAUAGGGUUGAAUCAAAUUUAAACUCUAAUUCAGAUUCUGGGUCACUAAUAAGGGGAGUCUCUAAUUCCCAUAUGGGUUUCAACUCCAGCUUUUCUUCAGAGUCCAAUUCUGACUAUAAACAUAAAUCCAACUCGGAUUUGCUUUCAGAAUUUAUCUCUAAACAUAGCACACCAUCAGCACAAGCAAUCUCUCACUCUUGUUCUCCAGUUUUCACUCCUAAAAAUUUCCAAGCAUCUAAAGACUCUUCAAAUCGUCUUGUAAAUAGAUCGAUAAGUAGAUCAAAACCAGAUCAGGAGAAAGAUACCAUUACAAUAAUGAAGAGUGGAAAACUCCCAGAAGUCUUAGAGUCUACAGGGUAUUGCAAUACCUCAUCAUUCUUUACUGUGAAGAGUCUGGAAUGA